AUUUAGGGGUUGCUCGACAUAGAGAGUACGAAUAAAAUUUCAGAAUCAAAAACUUUCUCUCUGAAAUUUUAGGAAACCCUAGAAUUUUGAGUUUUUAUGGCAAACAUUAUUUCUUUUCGCAAAAAUAUUUGGGAACCUGUAUCAGGAUUUCGAACUCUGUCCGUAGAAACAAUCAGAGACCUGAAAAGCUGAGAAUGUUCUUUAACUAUUUUCGCAAAUGGCAAUAACAGAAGGCAACUAAAAAUACAAGAUAUGGCCACUAGUAAUCUAAAACUUUAAAAGUACUUGCAUUCUGCUUCGUCAAAGAUUAAGCGAGCCUUACUUGUACGUCUAUACUAGUGAAAAAAAGUAUCGCAUAAAAAUACAUGUUCUUAAGUCGCUACAAACGAAAAAAAAAAAGAAUAUGUAUUUCUUCGAAUUCGACUGUUUUCUCUGUAGGAACCUGGCAUCAUCUUCGAUCCGUAUUCCUAUCCAACGCCGACCAGCUAUACACAACCGGGACCAGUGGUGUGGAGUGGCUGA